AGCGGACUGCGAGGACAGCCAUGCGGGGGGCGCGGGACUUACACAGGGCACCAUCGAGGGAGGAUCUUUAUUCGAGCCAGAGGAGCAUCGACUCUGUUGCUUCCAGAUCCCUUCUGACUGGAAAUGGAACGGGCAUGAGUGGUGUGGGUAUAUUUUUCCAGCAAGAGGGCGAUGGCAAGGUCUACGUGAGAACCAUUGUCAGCGGAGGUUCUGCAGAGAGAGAUGGAAGAGUUCGGGUUGGCGACGUAAUGUGCGGGGUUGACGGUAGAGAUGUCAUAGGCGAACCAGUCAGCGUCCUUAGAAGCCUGUUGCUUGGACAUGAAGGAAGCACGGUUGUACUUACUUUUGCAAGGGCCGUUGAAGCUGGUAUGGACGCCGAAACUUCUGACAUGAACUCUGGAAACACGGUCAUUGCAAAGUUUGACGUGGAGCUUGUGCGGGGCAGUCCAGAAUAUUUCAACAAAAUGGACUCAGCACGAAAAUAUGAAAUUGAAAUGCAAGACCUGAGACAUCAACUCAAGCAGACGUUGAGUGAGGAGAAAGAAAUCUCUGAGGAGGUCGAACGGGUCAGACGUGUGCUUCAACUUGAGAGGGGGGCGUCUGCCAGGCGAGAAAAAGAAUUAGAAGAAAUCAGAUCUUCCCAUGCUCGAGAAGUAGCGUCUUUGUCAGAAUCUUUGCGAAGAGCUGAACAAUCUCGGCGCGAAGCAAGCGGGCGGCUUGCUCCUGUGAAAUCAAGGGAGCAGGAGCUUUCAGAAGAGCUUGCUCGAAUGAAAGAGAAAGACCGAUUGCGCAAAGAGUACGUAGAAGAACUUCGAAAGAGACAUGAGGAAGAGACUUCAAGGUUGGAGGCACAACUUGCCAAAGAACAGCGAGCCAGGAGAGAAGAGCAGGCUGCCAGAAUCGAGGUGGAGCGUGAGCUGGAAAAGUCCAGAAAGGAGCUAAAGAAGGAGCUAGAUAUUCAAAGAUCAACUGUUGACCAAGACAAAUCGUACCGCGAGCAAGUCGAAUCAUCGAAAAAGAAACUGCGAGACGUGGUUGAGACUAUGGAAUCUCUGUAUGCCAUGAUGAAAGACUUGGACGACUGGAACAAUCACGUUCAGGACGGACAACUGCAUACGAAGCUGGUGAGUAAUCGUCACACGAUGAGCAAUGAUUCCAGAUGGUGAAGGAAAACUUUGGCCUCUAGUUUUUUGAAAUUCCAAUGGAACAAACGAGAAUGGAGAACAAAGAUCAAGUAUAGAAAGAUGAGAGACACAUUCUAUUGAGUAUAGCGUACUAAAUUCUUGCUUUGAUAGCAAGCUCUUCUCGCUGCUG